UCCUAAUCCUGUCACAUUUAUUUUUUCCAGCUGUGCUGUAAACAUAGCAAAACCCUCCCAAACGACGCCGUAUUCCAAUUUUGACUGCCCGGUCCAACUCUCCUCCUCAACCCAUCCACCUCAGUUGAUCAUAUUCAUAUUGAUUAAUUGAUAAUUAUUAAUUUCUGAAACCCUCAAUUUUUGCCAUUGUAAGUAUCCACUCAAAGGAUUGGGGAUGGCGAUUCUGUUCGGGCUGGUGGCGCGUGGGAAGAUUGUGCUGGCGGAGUUCAGCGCCGUGACCGGAAAUACCGGCGUGGUCGUUCGUCGGAUACUCGAGAAACUCCUGGUGGACGAAUCGGCUGAGACGAGGUUGUGCUUCUCUCAGGAUCGCUACAUCUUCCACAUCCUCCGAUCUGAUGGCCUUACUUUCCUCUGUAUGGCCAACGACACCUUCGGAAGAAGAAUCCCAUUUUCAUAUUUGGAGGAUAUUCAAAUGAGAUUUAUGAAGAACUAUGGGAGAGUGGCUUCUUAUGCACCUGCUUAUGCUAUGAACGAUGAAUUCUCAAGAGUGUUGCACCAGCAAAUGGAGUUUUUCUCCAGUAAUCCCAAUGCAGAUACGCUCAACCGUGUUAGAGGAGAAGUUAGUGAGGUACGAACAAUAAUGGUGGAUAACAUUGACAAGAUCCUAGAGAGAGGUGAGAGGAUUGAGCUUCUUGUAGACAAAACAUCAACCAUGCAAGAUAGUGCGUUUCACUUCAGAAAACAAUCGAAGCGCCUUCGUCAAUCUCUAUGGAUGAAAAAUGCGAAGCUAUUGGCAGUGCUGACGUGUUUUAUUGUUUUCCUCCUAUAUUUCAUAAUCGCGGCUGCAUGUGGAGGCAUAACUUUACCAUCUUGUCGAUCAAAAUAAUUAUAUGUUGAGGUAUGGUUAAGUGUAUCCCCGUUUGAUGAUCCAAGUUUGAUUCUUUCGAUAUGUCAAAUGGUAAUAUUCUAUUGCCCAAGAGAAAAUUUACGCAGUUAUGUUUUUUUUUUUUUUUUUUUUUUUUCUGGAUGUAAAUUAGUGUGAUGGGAAAAAAGCAUGAUGAUUUCUUAGUUUAUUGUUGUUGCCAUUCUCUGCUAUUUUUAUAUGUAUAGAACAAAAUAAUGGUGAACUGUGUUUCUCUUUGAAUUUAGAAGUUUUAUUAAUUAAUUUAUUUAUUACG